GGUGUGGGGAGCACUGGAGGCUGGGGUUGUGGAUCAGGAGUGAGGGGCAUUGGCAGGGCUGCUGGGGACAGCAGGGGCUGCAGGUCGGGAGCGAGGGGUACUGGGGGAGGGGGCUGGGGCCAGAGGUGAGGAAUGAGGAGAUGCAGGGCAGGAGGCUCCACCAGUCUCUGGGGCUGUUGGGAGAUGCUGGAGAUGUUGCCCAGGGGCCCGCAGACUGGAUGCUGGGGGCAGGUGCCGUGUGCAAGUGCAGCUCCGAGAGGUGUUUGAGGACGUGGCUGUGUAUUUCACACGGAAGGAGUGGGAGCUGCUGAAAGAUGAAGACAAGGUGCUUUACCAGGACCAGAUGCUGAGGAAUUUCCAAGCCCUUGUUUCCCUGGGUAAAGCUCUGGUUCUUGCUUCUACCUGGACCUGUGUGAACUGUGAAGUUUAGUGUCUUCCUGUUUUUCAGCAGUCUCAAUCUCAUGCACCUUUGGCUGAUGGUUUAAAUCUACUUCCUCCCCAAUGCUCUGUCCGUGAUCAGACCUCUCUCAUAUCAUAUUGAUAGAUCCUCCUUCAUUUGAUUCAGCCACCUUCACUUUUGUUUUCCCCAUUAUUGUAGCUGCUGGUGCUUCCAUUUGCAGCAGUUUCUUUGACAACAUGAUCUCUUUGCCUUCUCAGCACGUUCAUAUUAUCUUCAAUUCAUUGUGCAUAAAUUAACUAACAGCUCUUGGGGAAUAUUUCUAAUUUUCCCCUUCACUAGUGCGUCCUGUCCAAACACAUGUAACAGUCCUAGCGUACUCAGUUCAGUGCUAUCUAAGUGCUUUUUCUCCUCCUUUCGUUAUGACCUAGCACAAGUUAAUGGAAGUCUUAUUAGCCUCAGCUGCUACAACAUGUGGAUGAUGCAUUUCCUCAGCUCUUCCUCUAGUGACAGAUGUACACGAUGGACCCCAGGAUAUCAAGGUCCCACACCUGACUUAAUCUGCUGCGUCCAGCAAGGACAAGUGGAGCUCUGGGUCUGUGAUGAGGAUGAUGGGGAAAUCUCACGGUCAGAGGACCUGCUGCCAGGAGGUGCCUGGCUCCUGAACGGAGCUGAGCAGGAGACUCCUCUGGAAGGGUCUGCAAACCUGGAGCCACCAUGGACUUCCCUGGGUAGUUUCGGUGAGAUGGACUCCUUGAGACCUGAGAAGGAGCAAUGUCAGGGGAGACCCCAAAAGCAGAUGAAGAAUGUAGCAGUGAACCAGCACCGGCACAUCCACCUGGGAAGGAAGACGCACUGCUGCACUGCAUGCAGGAAGAACUUCAUCUGCUGGCAAGACCUGUCCCAGCACCAGUGUGUACACAGCGGGGAGCAGCCACACGAUGGCACUAAGUGUGGAAAGAGCUUCAGGCAGCCCUCCAAUCUGGCCAGGGCGCCCUCCAAUCGGGCCAGGCACUGGUGCAUGCACACAAGGGAGAAGCCACAUAAGUGCUCAGAGUGCAGGAAGAGCUUCACUCGCUCCUCCAGCCUGGCUCAACACCAACGUAUCCACACAGGGGAGAAGCCACAUCAGUGCUCGGAGUGUGGGAAGACCUUCAACCAUUCCAGAAACCUGAGAAGACACUGGCUCAUCCACACAGCAGAGAAGCCACAUCAGUGUUCAGAGUGUGGGAAGAGCUACACCUGCUCCUCGCAUCUGGUCCGGCACCAACUCAUCCACACAGGAGAGAAGCCACAUCAGUGCUUGGAGUGUGGUAAGAGCUUCGCUCGCUCCUCCAGCCUGGCUCAGCACCACCUUAUCCACACAGGGGAGAAGCCAUAUCAGUGCUUGGAGUGUGGGAAGAGCUUCACUCGUUCCUCCAGCCUGGCUCAGCAUCAUCAUAUCCACACAGCAGAGAAGCCACAUCAGUGUUCAGAGUGUGGGAAGAGCUACACCUGCUCCUCGCAUCUGGUCCGGCACCAACUCAUCCACACAGGAGAGAAGCCACAUCAGUGCUUGGAGUGUGGUAAGAGCUUCGCUCGCUCCUCCAGCCUGGCUCAGCACCACCUUAUCCACACAGGGGAGAAGCCAUAUCAGUGCUUGGAGUGUGGGAAGAGCUUCACUCGUUCCUCCAGCCUGGCUCAGCAUCAUCAUAUCCACACAGCAGAGAAGCCACAUCAGUGUUCAGAGUGUGGGAAGAGCUACACCUGCUCCUCUCACCUGAUCCGGCACCAGCUCAUGCACACAGGAGAGAAGCCACAUCAGUGCUCAGAGUGUGGGAAGAGCUUCACCCUAUCCUCAGACCUGGCCCGGCACCAGCGUAUCCACACAGGGGAGAAACCACAUCAGUGCUCGGAGUGUGGGAAGAGCUUUACCCGAUCUUCCCACCUUGUCCAGCAUCAGCUCAGCCAUACAGAAGAGAAGCCACAUCAGUGCCCAGAGUGUGGGAAGAGCUUCGCUCACUCCUUCCACCUUGCUCAGCAUCAACGUAUCCACACAGGGGAGAAGCCAUAUCAUUGCUCACAGUGUGGGAAGAGCUUCAUCCGAUCCUUCCACCUGGCCCGGCACCAGCUCAUCCACACAGAGAAAAAAACACUUUAGUUGCUCAGAGUGUUGGGAAGUGCUUCCCUCACUCCAAACUGGCCCAGCACCAGUGCAUGCAUAACUGGGAGCAUCCGUAACUCUUCCAGCAGUGCUGGAAUGGUUUUGGGGAGUCUGUCUGCUCAGUGCCCACCAGUGUCUUCAUCCAGGCAAGGAACUCAUGCUGGUGGACUGCAGUAAGGGUUUACGCAUUGUUCAUCCCUUCUAGGGCCCUGUAAAACCCAAAGAGCACAGAGGCUGGCCUCCAAGGUUUGAUGAGGGGGAGGGGUUAAAAGGAAAUGUCUCAUGCAGAGGCCAGCCCAGAUGCUCAAGGAACUUGUGAGAAGAUGGUCUUUAAAUCAGCCCUGGAGCUGUGCCAUCCCCAUAUUCUCUAAAAGCAGGCAGUGCUCCCAGGGGGAGAAGUGCCUUCACAAUAGGGUGCUCUCCCUUAUGCAACUAACUCUAAAUGACACCCAGGGACUUUCUUUGGCAGACUCCCAGCUUUGUCCUCUGUCCUGGUCCCAGAGUACCAGUAUGUGAGACUCUUGAAUUGCAGGAAGGAGGACGCUUAUUGCUGGGGAGGUAUUCCCUGUCUUAGACAUCCCUGUCCCCCAGUGAAACUAGUUUAAAGCUCUAUGUAGGAGAUCUGCCAACCUGUAAGAAAACAUCCCAGCAAGACCCUAUCCUGGAAGUACAUAUCAUGGUCUAGGAAGCUGAGCCCCACACGGUGGCACCAACUACGAAGCUGUGAGUUGACCUCACCAUUGCAGUUGCUGAGGUGCUGGCCACAACCGCUGACCGAGAGGAGAGGUUAGAAGACAACUUGUGCCCCCAACCUCUAAGCCUGGCUCCCAGAGCCAUGUAGUCAAUCAUGACCCAACCCAGACUAUUCUGGGCCCCAUCAUUCGUUCCCACAUGGAUGAGGACCACAGGAUAGUAGUCGGUGGGCCUGAUUAGGUCUGGAAGCCUCACUGUGACAUCCUGAAUCCGAGUUCUGGGCCAGCAGCAUACCUCCCGUACUGUGGGAUCCGGGUGGCAGAUGGCUCCCUCAGUUCCUCUCAGGAGGGAGUCACCCAUCAGGAUGACCCAACGUCGUCUCCUCUGGCUGCCCGGUUGUUCCUCAGCCUGUCUGGUGGUAACUGUGGACAUGGUCUCCAUUGCUGCACUCUCUUCCGGUGAUGCCGGGGCCUCAUCCCUGUUCCCCAGCUGCACAGGGGGAGUCGCUUCAGCAGUGUGCCAUCUAGUUCUGGAGGUGACUGCCUUUCAUCUUUCUGCAUCAGGUCCCUCGGGUGAUGCCAUCCCACUACAUGUGCGGUCCUGCAGAGUGGAAGUACCCGUCAAUCUCUUCCUCAACCGCCCUGAUCCCCUGCAGCCUGAUAACCUCUGCCUGGAGUUCCCUAACCUGCCUCUCCAGGGUCUCAAGUUGGGCACACAUGGGACAGGUGAGGGGACUUCUGCUUUGUCCACCACCCCCGGGCCUCAGAGCCCUCGCCAGGCAACCCCCACAGACAGGUGGCCAGGGUGCUGCCAACCCAUCCAAAGGCCCUGUCUGGGUGCAAGGAGGGUAGUAAAGCACAGGAACAGGCUACUGAGAGAGGUGGUAGAUUGUCUUUUCUUGGAAGCUUUUUUUAAGUUCCACCUUGACAAAGCCUUGGCUGGGAUGAUGAAAUUGGGGCUGGUCCUGGUUUAAGCAGGGAGCUGGACUAGAUGUGACCUCCUAAGGUCCCUUCCAGCCAUCAUGUUCUCUGGGUCUGUGAAUGCAAAUGGCCAUCUAGAUACAGAUGAUGCAGGUUCUGACCCAAUAGCAAGGGGACAGGCUGUGGAAGAUGCCCAGCAUGGGCAGUUGGGGCAGGGACCCAGACAGCUGGAGAUAGAGCUUCAGUCUACGGAAGGGAGUAGGUGACACAGGGCCCGGCAGGGCCAAGCCUGAACUUGCUGCUCCAGUAGGGUCUUUACCCUAUUCCCACCCUCACCUUGGCCUGUGAGGUCUAGAAGGACCUGGGGAAGGGCUGGAUGGGCAGGUGGGAGAUCAACAGAUGGGCCAGUGGGUACUUCAGGACAUCUUUCUGACCCUAGCUGAUCUUGAUCCAGUGGCCCUGCUCCCAGUUCACUAUGCUGCACACUCAGCUGGGAUCCCUGUCACAGCAGAUCAGGCUCAUGAUCUCUCCAGCAUCCAGUGAGUGCUUGGGGGGUGGGGAAGGGGAGUAUGAAGCAGUACUGUUCCAAAUGUGCAGGGCCCUAAUCUCAUCCCAGAGCAUCUUCCUUGCUCUAACCCACUAGCUGCCCCUCCCCUACUUGUGCUGGGCUGGAACCCAGAUAUCUGGGCUUUCAUCCCCUACCUGACUUGGGGGACAUGGCAUUGAAGACAUCAUCGUCCAGGUCCUUGAACCAAUUCUCUGCAUAGCUGAUUGUCUUGGGGGAGACGUCCAUGGCGGGGAAGAGGACAGCCUUGUAGUUGAAGUACUGAGCUGACAUUGCACCCUGGGACACACAGACAGGUUGGGUGGUCAUGUUGGGACUGUGCUUAUCCCUAACACAGCAGAGGUGGCAGGAAGUGUGGGGAUGGGGUCACUAGAGGGUGCCACAUUGCAGACAGCAGGGAGUUCCUGGCCCUGCAGCAGGUCCCUCCAUGGUGGUCCCAGCUGUGGAGUGUAACCCCAUUCCUACUGGGUGCUUCACCCCAUGGAGUGAGCCAGGAGCUGGGACCAAAAGCUGGGCACCCCCUGCAUGGCCCAGCCACUCCCCACCUCCCUUUGCUCCAUGGUCAAAGCAAAGUCCUGGCGGGGGAGAGGCUGGCAGGGAUCAGAAGAGGAGCUGCAGCUCAUGGGCAAGGCUUGAGUGCAUGACAGUAGGGGGCUCCUGUGACUCCCAGAGACCAUCCCCCAAAGGGAGCAGAGGAGCCAGUACAGGGUUGAUUCUGGCCAGGCUGAGCUGAGCCAGAAAAGGGUGCAUGGGAAGUGCAUCUGCUACUCAGUGACUGCAAAGCAGCCAGGGCCACAAUCCAGAGCAAGCACAGGUCCACAGGAGAGCUCUGACUUAUGGGACUGGUAUCCCACCCCAGCCACAGUGCUGCCCUGGGAUUCCCUUUGUAGAUGACAAGGAAGAUUAAUGUCUCAUUUGCUAACUGCAUCCAAGGGAGACAUGCAUACGUACAUUGGAGCAACAUCGCCCAAACUUCCCUAAGUCCAACUCAACUCAGAUGCAGCCAGGCAGUUAUGUGCCUGGGAAUGGGGGAGGGGGAAGAUUGCAGGUAGGUGGGAAAUCUUCGAGAAAUGGGGCUGGAAAGGGACCUUCAUAGUCCAGCCACUUCUUGAAUAUGAUCUCAUCAGAAUAACAUAGACCUGGUGCGAUGCCAUCCAUGACUGGGCUGUAUCCAUAGAGGGCUACCAGCUACACAGAAGGGAUCAGGUAGGGAAGAAGGGAGGAGAUGUAGCUCUCUCUAUGUAAAGGAGUGGUAUGCCUCCUUGGAGACCCAAAUUGGCUUGACAGAAGGGCAACUCAAGAACCUGUGGGUCAAGAUAUGGGGGGGGGGGAUGAGGAGAAGGGAACUUGAUGGUAGGCAUCUGAUACAGACUGCCACACCAGGAAGAGGACCUGGAUCUGGAACGUUCAGAGAACUGAUGAAGGCUGGACAUUCAAGGGACAUAGUUAGCAUGGGUGACCUGAGUUUUCCUGACAUCUGCUGGGAGGAGUGCUCAGCCAGAUCUGCCUGGUCACAGGUUUUUGACCUGCAGGGAAGAACUUUAGUACAGAAGGUGAAUGGGCCAACCAGGGGGACGGCUUUGUUAGAUUUGAUUCUAGCCAAAGGAGAUGACCUGGUGACAGAUCUGAGGAUUGAGGGUAAUCUGGGAGAGAGCGAUCAUGAGAUGACAGAAUUCACUAUCCAUCAUAGGGCGGGGAAGCCAGCCAGUAGGGCAGAGGUGCUUGACUUCAGGAAGGCCGUCUUCAGUGAGCUUAGGAAAAUAGUGGGAGAGACCCUAUGGGAAGAGGGACUGGAGAGGAAGGGAGUACAGGAAGGGCGGUUGUUCCUCAAAGGAACGAUCCUCAGAGCUCAGAAAAGGUCUGUUCCUGAAUCCAGGAAAGGUGGUAAAGGGGCUGAGAAGCCCUCUUGGCUUACCAGAGUAGUCAUGGAUGAUCUUUUGAGGUUUCUUCCAGUCCUUCAUUUCUAUGAUUUGAGGUGAUGUUGGAUUUCUUUGUUGAUAUCAGCCUUCUGUGAGAGAUUGCUUUCGAGGCAUGGGAAAUAUUUAAUGUUCUUCAGAGUCUCACUGUAAAUCUGAAUUAACAGAGCUGAGGUCUGUUCACUAAGAGCCUUGCCACAUGCAGGAGCAACUUUCACGCUUGUGCCAUGAUCUACUCUUUGGGCCAAACAGUGAUAGGCUGAAAUGGCCCUGUCUCUGUCUCCAGCUCUCAAUCUGUGUUCUGAUUGGCUGGUAUCCCUCCUAGCCUGCAACAAGCCCCCCCCAAAUACUGAUUGGCUUCUGGGGUCUUACAGCCUCUUUCUUGGUUUGUGUGCUGGUUGGUCCAUUUGUGAUGUGUUGUGUCAAUCAGCUGGUGGAGUGAGGUGAGCCCAAGGGGCACAGUCAGUUCAGCUGCUGAGAGCAGGGAGGAGUGACACAGGGAGACCAAACAGAUCAUUUGGGAUGGGGUUUUGGUUCUGGAGCAUGGAGACGUGCCUGGUAUUCACAGCCUUUUCCCCAUCUUCUCACUGCUGCUGCUACUGAGAGUGAGUGGUUUUGCGGGGGCUGUGCUCCCAGCUGUGGGGCCAUUUCCUGCCGAGUGAGGGUGCAGUAGUGCGCACUGCCUACAGUAGUGGCUCAGUGAGGGUUGGAGGUCUGUGGGCUACAGUGCUCAGGAAGAUUAGCCCUGGUUCAAAGAGACCAGGACUGUCUGUCACCGUUUAGUUCAAAGAGACAUGGGACCCUGGCAGGGAAUGUGUGCAGUGGGUACCAGCACACAGGAGAUCUGCAUCCGCCUCAGCACCUAGCCGGAGUUGCCUCUUCAGCUCACCAGGUAGAGGUCUGUGUUUUUGCUUACUUGUUCAGCUCUGAAAAGUUGUGGCCUCAAUCCCUGAUUUUAUCUGUAGGGUGCUUGGCUUCUAUCUGAGGGGGUCUCUGUUCUGUAAGCACUGGCCCAGUUAUCAGCUCUUGGCAGCACUGGGAUCUCGUGGGCUGGGAGUGGGCAGUGGUUUUUGAGGGCUCUGGGAGUGGAUGCAGCAGCAUUACAAGAACAGGGGAGGGGCCAGUCUCCUGAGAGCGUGAGCAAGAUGGAGGGAAGCCUCCAGUCCAUCUUUAGUACAACAGAGUGCAGACAGAUGCCAAGGAGUUGCUCAGAGUUGCUGAGAAAUUUAUCCACACCCAUGGUGUAUACCUAGUGCUUCCCAGAAACCAAACUAGAGGAGGUGCUGCAGCUUGAGAGAGUCUGCUGCAAUACAGUACUCGCCCCCCAGGAGAAAAAGUCAGCCACCACCUGAGCGAGUGCCAUAGCUGAUCAGCAUCAGUAGUUAAUCAACGAAGGGAGUAUUAGCCCCUGCCCCCAAAAUGGCUGCUCACAGCAGUACUGGAGCCAGUGCUAUACCUAGACUCCUGGCAGCCCUGGGCAAACUUUUAGUAUCGGGCCUCCCCUUCACCAGAGAUAAUGAUUUUUUUGUUGCAGAAGUCUUUAAAGACAUUGAUACCACAGAUAUGAUAAAUAGUUUGUUCUUAAUUGAUAACAUUGCUAGUCCCGUAUAUGCGCAAUAUUAAAACUUUUUUGCAAUUCAAUUUUAUUUUUUCCUUUUCAAGCCCCCCUUUCUGGAUUCCUACUGGGUAUCAGCCCUUUUCUGGGCUGUGGGGGAUGGAGGCACUCCCUCUAUCAGUUCUGCUAACCGCGGCUUAGCACACUGGCGAUGCGUAGGGGGUGCACGCAGGUACAUGUGCACCCCCUGAGCGUGGCAGUGCAUCCCCUGCAAACAGACACCACCAACACUGCUAGAGGCAUCUGCGGGCAGUCGCCACUCGCCACCCCCCGGCGCUGUCACUGCCAGUGACAUCUGGGCAGUCCCCAGUCGCCACUGGCCACCACUGCCAGUGGCAUCUGUGGGUGGUCACUGACUGCUGGUAGGCACUCACCACCCCCCGCCCUGCCCUCUGCUAGCCACAGUGCUGCAGCUGCCUGCGGGAGCUCACCAGUCCCUGCUGCCACACUCCCGCUGCUGACAGUGCCGCUGCCACCUGCGGGAGCUUGCCGUGCCCCACCCCAGCUUCUGGGGACAUGCAGUGUUCAUGGCUUAGCAGAAUCUCUGCUGCUGCACAGGACCCAUGUGAGAGCUGACAGUAGCAGGGCUGGGUCCAGUGGGGCAACGGAGUGGGCCUGCCCCUCCCCUUGAGUCCUGCCCUACUUGGCAGCUCAACUGAGGGGGCUCAACAUGCCCAGCACUGUUGGAUGAGGCUGCAAGGUGAGGAGGGAGGCGGUGAUAGAGAACCAGGUAGUAGAGACAUGUGAAAAGUCAGGGUCACCCUCCAGCUCUUGCAGGGCCCAUGCUUCCCCUGUGCUGGGUGAGAAGGGAUGUGAGUCUGCCAGUCUGGAGAGGAGUUUUCCAAUCAUAGGGCUAGGCAUGGGCUGGACAUAUCUUGAGCCCAGGACAGAGGUGGGCACAUGCUGUAGUGACUGCAGUGUGUACUGCUCCAGAGGACAGGGGAGGGGGGGCAGGGGACCUCUAGCUAGUAUGGGCUGUGGCAGUGUGCAGCUGUGUAUCUAACAGGUAUAAGCAGUGUGACAAUGUAGGGGAGUUAUCAUCAGGGGGGAGGCAUGUUCUCUGCAAUGGGCAGGUAAAUGAACACAGCACUAAAGCUCCUACAGAGAUUCAUAGAUGCUAGGGUCAGAAGGGACCUCAAUGGAUCAUCAUGUCUGACCCCCCUGCCUAUAGCAGGAAGAAGUGCUGGGGUCAUGUGAACCCAGCCAGGUGCUUGUCCAGUCUC